AAAUGUGUCAAACCCAUGAAGCCUUGAAGCUUCCUCCACAACAAUCCUUGCUUUUCACUUUCCACCCAACCUCCACUCAUCUCUUUGGUAACAGAUAUCACAGAGGUUCAAGCAGAAGUCUUCCAUGACGAUCCCAGGUGCAGGCACACACAUAUUGGUGUUCCCAUACCCUGCGCAGGGGCAUAUGUUACCCCUUCUAGACCUCACCCACCAGUUAGUCCUCCGAGGUCUAACCAUCACCAUUCUCGUGACACCAAAGAACCUCUCCAUCCUCAACCCUUUCCUCUCUACCCACCCUUCUUCCAUCAAAACCCUAAUCCUACCUUUCCCAUCUCAUCCUUCUGUACCCUCAGGCGUUGAGAACGUUAAAGACUUACCAAACAACUCCUUAAGUGCCAUGGUAAGUGCUUUGCGUCAGCUUCACGACCCUCUCCUCCACUGGUUCCGCUCUCACCCUUCACCACCCUCUGCUAUCAUCUCUGACUUCUUCCUCGGGUGGACCCACCACCUCGCUUGCCAGCUCAGCAUCCCUCGGAUUGUCUUCUCUCCCUCCAGUGCCGCCUUCGUGUCCCUUAUCAACUGCCUCUGGCGUGAAACGCCGCAGAGGGGCGACCCCGACUACAACGAUCCUGAUUUCCCAAUCUCGUUCCCGAAAGUCCCCGGUUCCCCGAUUUACCCCUGGCGUCAGCUCUCAUUUGUGUACCGUAGCUACGUCCGUGGAGACCCAGAAUGGGAAUUGAUUAGGGACGAUUACCUUGCCAACAUAGCGAGUUGGGGAAUCGCAUUCAACUCGUUCUCUGAGUUGGAACACAAUUAUCUUGACCAUCUCAAGAAAGAUCUUGGCCACGACCGGAUCUGGGCGGUGGGACCCUUGCUACCACCCGACGAUGAUCCAACGGCGCCAACCGAGAGAGGUGGGUCCAAUUCAAUUUCGGUACAUGACAUAAUGUCCUGGCUGGACAAGCGCGAGAAGAAAUCGGUGGUCUAUGUGUGUUUCGGGAGCCAAGCCGUUUUGGCUAACGAGCAGAUGGAGGCGCUAGCGGACGGGUUAGAGCACAGUGGGGUCCAUUUUAUAUGGUGCGUGAAGGAGGCUACGGUUGGACACGUGGCAGGAAAGUACGGGGUAGUACCUUCAGGCUUUGAAGAUCGGGUGGCAGGGAGAGGGCUCGUGAUUCGUGGUUGGGCUCCACAAGUGUCGAUACUGAGGCAACGAGCUGUGGGAUCGUUUUUGACUCACUGUGGUUGGAACUCGGUGUUGGAAGGGAUAGUAGCGGGUGUUCCGCUGCUUGCUUGGCCAAUGACGGCCGAUCAGUUUGCCGAUGCAAGGCUUUUGGAUGAGGUGGGCGUGGGAGUAAAGGUCUGCGAGGGACCCGAGACCGUGCCUAACUCGGCCGUGUUGGCCAAGGCUAUGACCGAGUCUGUAAGUGUGAAGGGGUCCAAGAGGGACAGAGCUUUGGAGCUACAAAAGGCUGCCUUGGGGGUUAUCAAGGAGGGUGGGUCAUCGUUCAAGGAUUUGGAUCGGUUUGUGAAGGAUUUAAUUAGAACUGAAAUUAAAUUUGGUGACAAAGAAGUCAUUGCGUAAUGGAACAAACGCUUGGAUUGCCUUUCAAGUGGUUCAUUGAGUAUUUUAGCAUGUAAGCUAUCAACAAGGAUUGCCUGCAAAUCAAUAGGGAAUGGAAGAAAGAUUGUUUGCGUCUUGCUGAGUGCAGUCUCUAGAGAGAGAGAGAGAGAGAGAGAGAGAGAGAGAGAGUUAUGCAUGAAUUUAAUUGUGGUUUGCUCGCUGUUGUUUGUCAUGUAGUAAUGGAGCCUUAAGAGUGAUAUAGUGAUAAAAGUUAUUUGAUCCA